CGAGGGGGCCAUUAGUUGGAAGACUACAGUAAUUCCAAACCAGGGUGCCUCCAGCCGUAGCUGAACUACAAAUUCCAGCAUGCCCGGACAGCACCCUUAGGAAACACUGCUUUAAAAGAAGAAUAACCCCUUCCUAUGUCCAUCCCUCGCCUGUGCUCAUCAGCCCAUACACAGAAGCCGCCACGUCAUGUGCUGCACGGGGAGGAGUGUGCACCGUGCCCUGAUAUCAGGCUAUAAUAAUAGAUGACAGAUCAUGCCCCGUGUAUUGUAAGGACACAUAUCUCCGGAGCGCCCUCCUUGCCCCAGUCUUGUGCCCACCCAGUGUCACCAGGAGGAGGAGGAGAGCAGGCGGCGGUGCAGGGGUUAAGCGGCGCUCACUUCCUCAUCACCUCCUCACACAUAAUGGCGGGCCCCGGGAGGCUGACGCUGCUCGUUCUGUGCUCGGUGCUGUGCGGUGCGGAGGAAGGCGCAGUCAGGACGGUCACCUCCAGAAACUGGACGGCGGUGCUAGAGGGGCAGUGGAUGGUGACAUUCUUUGCUCCAUGGUGCCCGGCUUGCCAGCAGAUAAAGCCCGAGUGGGAGAAUUUUGCAAAACGAAGUCCUCGCCUUGAUGUCAAUGUAGCCAAGGUGGACGUGACUGAAGAACCAGGACUCAGCGGUCGUUUCUUUGUCACAACUCUUCCAACAAUAUACCAUGUCAAAGAUGGAGUGUUCCGACGUUAUCAUGGAUCAAGGAUGGCAGAAGACCUUCACACAUUCAUUGCAGAGAAGAAAUGGGAAGUUAUAGAGCCGGUGGCAGGAUGGAAAGCGCCUUCUUCUAUCUUGAUGUCUGGGAUGGCCGGUCUGUUUCACUUAUCAGGAUGGAUCCGGCAAACCCACAACUACUUUACAGGACCUCUGGGAAUUCCAGCUUGGGGUUCAUACAUCAUCUUUAUUGUGGCCACCUUGGUGAUCGGACUCAUACUAGGUUUGAUACUGGUGCUUCUAGCAGAUUGCUUCUGUCCAGCUAAACCCAAGCGUCAGGUGGUAAGAUCUGCAGAAAUAAAUAAGGAUGAUGCGGAUAUUUCAGACAACGAUCAGAAGGACUCUACAGAUGGACUAAAGGAAACGCUUGACAAUGAAGAUGUAAUUGAAGAGGACAAUGAGGGUGACAAGGAAGAUGACAAAGCGGAGGACAGCGAAGAUGAUAAUUCUGACAGUGAUGCCAAGGAUUCUCAGGGGGACUCGGCAGUGGAGAAAUCUGACCUAGAAGAUGAAGAAGAACGGGACAGUUCUCCACAACCCCCAAGCACACCAGAGACUGAGAGUGCCUUGAGGCAUCGCAGAACUGAAGCUGCAGACAGUGGGGAGUAGAACUCCACAUUUCCAUGUUUUUAAUCUUUACGGACCAAAGAUAUGUCUCCAUUAUUUUUGCUGCAGUUUUUAUCAGGCGUUUGGAUUUGGCAUGAAAACUUCCUUUAUUGCAGUAACUGUAAGAAAGAAAGUUUUAGAUGUUGUCUUCAAGUGUUCACGUCUUACAGCACAAGACAUUUAGAUUAGUUUUUUUCUUGGUUUCAGGCAUUGACAUGUUACAUCUGAAGAACCCCCCUCCCCCCAUCAGUAUACACCAGAUACUUACUAGGCAGAUGCACCAGAACCCUUACAUGCCAUGUGACAAGUUUAUUGAUUGCUGCAGACACUUUUUAUACCUCAUUUUGAGGUACCGUGUUUCCCCGAAAGUAAGCCCUGGCAGGAUUAUCAAGGUGGGCUGCAAUAUAAGCCCUACCCCGAAAUUAAGACCUAGGCCAGGGGUAAUCAACUGCCGGACCGCAGUCCAGAUCCGGACCGCGGCUGCCAGUAAUGCCUGCAGACUCGACCGCUGCUACAGCCCCUCAUCCUCCCAGAGCCCCCCAUCCUCCACACUGCUACAGCCCCCAUCCUCCACACACUGCAGCCCCCCCAUAAAUAAAUAAUCCCUACCCUGAAAAUAAGCCCUAGUGUGUUUUUUGGGACUAAAAUUAAUAUAAGACCCGGUCUUAUUUUCGGAGAAACACGGUAUAAAGUGUACCUGUCAUUGUAAAAACAUUUUAACAGAGCUGGUAGAAAAAUGCGUUGCUGUGCGCUUCUUUUCCUGCUCUGUGUAUAUAUGAGCAGGACGGUCUCAUAGACUUACAUUAUGAGUCCAUUUUAGUUCUCUGGCACAGAGACGGGAGAGAACGUGCUAAGCGCACACUCUGAACACUCAGACUCCGACUAAUAAAAACUUUUAAUAUGUCUGUAGGACAUAUCAAGAUCUUUUUAAAAUGACACUUUAAAUGCACCAAAAUGAUUGUUGUAUUUCAUUAUUUUGGUGUAAAAUACUGGAGUAAUGUAAGCCAGUGGUCUUCAAACUGUGGCCCUCCAGAUGUUGCAAAACUACAAUUCCCAUCAUGCCCGGACAGCCGGGCCAUCUGGCCAUCUGGAGGGCCACAGUUUAAAGACCGCUUAUAUAAGCCAACCAAUAGGUGGGUUAAGGAAGAGGAAAAAAGGGUCUUGCAUACCUACCAAGAUGUGCCAAAUCUAUCACAUGGCAUGUGCUACUUUAGUAGAUUGGCGCAUCUUCUGCCUUCAUCUAGUUUUAUACUGCAUGAAUUUAAGGUAGAACUAAAGGACUAUUCCGGAGAAAUAUUUCUAGCUUUAAACUGUGCUGGUCCCCACUGUCGACACAUAGGAAAGCCUGCAGGCCUCGGCCAUUGAUUGGUUGGUUGAGCCGGCAUUUCCUAUGUGUCAGGAUGGAGAAUAGGAAGGGUUACCAGUGGGUACGGAAUAGUAGUUUUUGUUUUGUUUUGUUCCUGACACCCUGAGCACAAUUAAAAAUAUUUCUCCAGAAUACCUCUUCAGUAAACCUCCCUAUUGUAUUUAGUGAAAUGAGGGAUCCCUUAUACAGUUUUAUACAUAAUAUAGUUGUAAAUGUAUGUUUACAGGGUUUAUUUUGCUAUAGACAGGGUGUUCCGGCUUCUCAUACACUGUUUAAAUAGAAUAUAGUUUUGUUUUUUUUUUGUGGUUUUUUUUAUACUUGUUUUGCACAGUUAAAGAGAUGUUCUGCUAAGGCCCAACUUUAGUAAAGGGGUACU